AUGAAAGCUCAACUGCUCUUCACCUCUACCCCUAAUCAUCAACAACCAGGAGUUGUUCACAUCUAUUUCUUUGCCACCUCAGCACCUACUCUCCGCAAUGGGGGAGCAGAAGGGACACAAAAGGGCGCUGAUGAGUCUGGUCAAACCAUCAAAGUGUGGCAAUCGGGUAUGGUAGUAGCUAACGCUGUAGUCGCCUGA